AUGGCUGCCUCCGUACCCGAAAGUGCAAUCUACAACCCCUUCCGCUCCAAGCGCCUCCUCUUCCGCGCACUAGAAGAGAACGAAAAAGACGACGCCUUCUUCAAUAAGCUAUGCCUGGAACCACAAGUGAUGUUCAUGGCCUCGCCAGUGCCGAGCACACCCAUGAACGCAGCGGCAAUAAAAGAGCUACGAAAGGAAUUCGAAAAAGAUUCCUUGCUCAUAGUCUUGAUCUGCAAACAGCCCGAAUCGGCAGACGCGGAAGCCGAGCCCAUUGGGUUGACGGCUCUCAGGAAGAACAAAAUGGAGCAUCAUCGGAGCGCGGAGCUUGGGAUUAUGAUCAUGCCGGAGCACCAGGGGAAGGGGUAUGGGCCUGAGGCUAUUUCAUGGGUUCUUGAUUGGGGGUUCAUCUCGCAGGGGUUGCAUCGCAUUGAACUUGGGGCGUACGAAUUAAACGAACGAGCGCAGAAGGCGUAUGUGGGGAUGGGGUGGGUUGUUGAGGGGAGGAGAAGGGAGGCGUUAUUCAAAGCUGGGCGCUUUUGGGAUAUCAUUAUUAUGGGAAUUUUGGCGGCUGAGUGGAAGGACAAGAAGAGGGCUGAGACCUAG